AUGUAUAUGUUCCACUACAACAAACUUGACAUCUCCUGGGAUGGGUUAUUCGAGAUCGAAGAUGUCGGUGAUUACAUUGGAGAUCCAGAAUGGAGGCGGAUGAAGAUCGUAGAAAGAGCAUUAGAAAAGCACUGCAGCGAUACCGCGAACGAGUCGAGACUUUUCACUUCCAGCUCUUGCGAGCAGCCAUCGACGAGGCGAACUGUCUCUCAGCAGCAGGCAUUCGAGUGGAGAAAGAAGAGUCCCAUGAAGCGACGAGUCUAUGCGAUCGCAACGCAAUGCCUACACCCGGCUCUAGGCUACGGAGACGAGCUUACUCAUCCCGACGUCGAGAAACGAGAAGCAUGGUUUGGACACAUCCGGGACGCCAUUGCGGCCUUGGACAUCGAGCCUGAUCUGCCCCGUUCUGAGUUCCUCCCAGCAGACCUUCAGUAUCUAUGGACACUGUUUGACGGGAUCUGCGGCCCAGGUCUGCCUAGAUGGCGUGAAAUACAUCAGAUGGACUUCAUCACAUCGACAUCAGAAGUCGCACGCGAAAAUCCUCUCAAAACACGAGAUCGUGUCAUCAUAGGCAUCCGCAACAACCGCAAUCUCGACUGGGACUCCCAACAUCUCAACGCCAUCUCCUUCAACUGGAGCGACUGGCAGAUCUCGCUGGCUGUCAGAAUUGGGAUGCAGAGUCUAGCGAUGCGGGCACGUGGGCUGUCUUUUGCCGCGGGCUUCGAGCCAGUAUCGACGACAAAGCCCUGUGUGCGCAUGAAGGCACCGAGGGCGAUGAAGGUCUUUGGGAAGAUGGAGAUGGGGACUGGAUGUGGAGAUACGGCAUGA